UGGGCCGCUUCAUUCAUGCAAUACCGAGCUCUGUAGGGCGCUAGAUCCCCUCCUCGAGCUUCACUCCACCGCAAUGGCGAAAAUGGUUUUCCACCUCCUAUUCGUUCUAUUGCUUUUACCACUCGUAUGCGAGUCCUUCUCCGCCGAAAACCCUACGAAUCGCCGUCUCCUUGUCCUCGUCGAUGACCUCGCCAUCCGCUCAUCUCAUUCCCUCUUCUUCAAGUCCCUCGAGUCUCGGGGCUUUAUUCUCGAAUUCCGCCUCGCCGACGAUCCGAAGAUUUCCCUCCAGAGAUACGGCCACUACCUGUAUGACGGCCUCGUCAUUUUCUCUCCUUCCGUCCAGCGUUUUGGGGGAUCACUUGACCAGGUCGCCGUGCUGGACUUCGUUGAUGCGGGGCACGAUCUGAUCCUGGCUGCGGACUCUUCCGCGUCGGACCUGAUCAGGGCGAUCGCCUCAGAGUGCGGUGUAGAUUUUGACGAGGAUCCGGAUGCCGUUGUUAUCGAUCACGCUGGUUAUGCUGUUUUGGAGACUGAUGGAGAACACACGCUCAUUGCUGCGGAUGAUUUUAUACAGUCUGCGGAUGAUUUUAUACAUGAUUUUAUACAGUCUGAUGUGAUUUUGGGAGAGAAAGUGAUAGAGGCUCCUGUAUUAUUUCGUGGAAUUGGACAUUCUGUAAAUUCUGCCAGUACUUUGGCCUUGAAAGUGUUGUCUGCUUCUCCUUCAGCUUAUUCAGCAAACCCAAGAACUAAGUUGUCAAGUUCUUCCCUCACAGGUUCCACAAUUGCAUUAGUGUCCGUUGUGCAGGCUAGAAAUAAUGCUCGCAUGUUGAUCUCCGGUUCGUUGGAUCUUUUUAGUAACAGAUUUCUUAGGUCUGGAGUACUGAAGGCUGGAAGCUUAAACAAGCAUAUAAAGUCUGGCAAUGAGCAAUUCGUGACAGAAAUCAGCAAAUGGGUCUUUCAUGAGAGGGGUCAUCUAAAGGCUGUAAAUGUUACUCAUCGCAGAGCAGCAGAGAUGUCUGAACCUGCAAUGUACCGUAUCAAUGAUGAUCUGGAAUAUUCUGUUGAAAUCUACGAAUGGUCUGGAGCCUCCUGGAAACCAUAUGUGGCAGAUGAUGUUCAGGUUCAAUUCUAUAUGAUGAGCCCUUACGUAUUGAAAACUUUGUCCACUGACCUAAAGGGACUUUAUUUUACAUCAUUCAAGGUUCCGGAUGUUUAUGGCGUCUUCCAGUUUAAGGUGGAGUAUCACAGAUUGGGGUACACAAGCUUAUCUCUUUCAAAGCAGAUCCCGGUCCGGCCAUUUAGACACAAUGAAUAUGAGAGAUUUAUCCCAGCUGCCUUCCCUUACUAUGGAGCAUCAUUUUCAACUAUGGCUGGAUUCUUCAUUUUCACAAUUGUUUACCUCUACAAUAAAUAAGUUCCUUCAGGCCUAAGGAAUGUGAUGCGGCCGAUUUCCAAUUGACCAUGAGGUGAUGAGUAGUUUGGUACCGUUUAAAUUGAAUGCUAUACGUGUUGGCUUAAGCUCUUUUUUGAUAAAAUUUUGGAGAAGUCUAGACUUAAAAAAACUUAUUUAGCAGUUUCUCAGUAAAUCCGGAAGACCUCUGUUCUGGAGUGUCGGCAAAAUUAACAUCGUCAUCUUUUUUUAAGUCUUAUGAAUGAAUUUCCUGCUCCAACAAUUCUCAUUUUACUUCUAGCCCACACCUCAAUCAAUGUGGAAGCUCGUAUUAAUUCCAAUAUCUAUUAAAUGAGCGGUGCAU